AUGAGCGCGAACGACAACAAGAUCGUCCCCUCGGACCAGAGCAGGUCGCCCGCAUCCGAGGACCACGACACGCGCGUGGCCACUAGGGCCUACGCGGUGCGCCACGGCGACACCACGCUGGAGCAUCUCAGCUCCGAGCGGGGGCUGGACUACGACGAGGUGCUCCGUCUGAACCCCGCGGUGAGCGCCAGGAACGGCCUGCUCAAAGCCGGCGACGUGCUCAAGCUGCCGAAGCAGGGCGCGAGCGGGCCGAAGCGCGCCGACGGCGUCGACGGGGCCGCGCAAUCUCCCGGACCUUCCACGGCACCUUCCUCCGCGGACGAUGCGAACGCGCCCGCCGUCGUCGACGCGCGCAUCGUCGGGGAGGCCGACCCGGCGGGAGACGCGCCGCGAGGCGAUUCGCGGGACGACGGCGCCGAUGAUACCGGCGACCCGGUCCCGCCGGGAAGCCGCCGGACAUCACGCGAGGACGAUGCCUCGUCGUCGGCAUCCGCGUCGGAGGGAACAACCGAAACAACCGCGGAGUCCUCGUCGCCGUCGUCCCCGCCGCCGCCGUCGUCGCCGACCGACGACGCCUCAUCGCGCCCCGAGUCCCUCGACGACGUCCGCGAGGACAUGCGCGUGCGCGGGGUGAGCGCGGUGCGGGGGUUCGGCGGCGUCGUCGGCGCCCUGGUCAAGACGGCGGGCGCGUCGGUGGAUGGCAUUCGCGAGGCGGCGGCGGCUUCGAGCGCCGCGCUGAGGGAAUCGAGCGAGGACCUGCAGCGAACGAGCGCGUGGGUCAACGCGGAGGUGACCGGGAUCGCCACGAAGGCUGGCGAGGAGAUCGAGAACCUGAGACGGAGCAGGAACGCCGCGAGGAAAGAAGGGGACGACGCGGCGGCGGAGGGUGGGGACCCGGCGUCGGAGUCGGAGGAGUCGCCGGGAACCGCGGAGGCUCCCGCGGCGGGUUCGACGCCGCCCCCGCCGACGCCUCCCGGCUCACCCGCGAGACUCGCGCGCACGACCGACGAGGAACGCGCGGAGCGGAGGCGCAAGGCUGAGGAGGACGCCGCGGCUCGAAGGGAAAAGUCCAAGUCGAUGGCGGAGGCGGUGCGCGGAAAACUGAAAUCAGCGCAGGACGCCGCCGGCUCGCUGGUGCACAAGAUGAGGCAGGACGAGGGAACCGCGAGGAUGGGACGCGAGGACGAGAAGAGGAAGGAGAACGAGGGGAACCGGGGUUUGGAGGAGGCUGCGAAGGCGAGGCUCGCCGAGGCGGCCGCCAAGCGCCGCGCCGAGGCGAUGGCUCGUCAAGCGGCGCGAGAAGCAGAGCGAGCGGCGCGGCGGAAAGAGCGAGACCGCCUCCGCGAUGCGCAGGACAAGCAACGACGCGCGGCGGCGGCGGCGGCCAAACCCGCGGCGGCCAAACCCGCGGCGGUCAAACCCGCGGCGGCCAAACCGACGGCGGCCAAACCCGCGGCGGCCAAACCGACGAAGCAAAGCGAGGACAAGGUACAAGUGGACCUCAAGGCUAAGGUUGAGGCUGACAGGGCCAAAGCCGAGCGCGAGAGGGAGGCGAGGAGGAGGGACUUCGAGGCGAGGAGGAAGGCGCGCGAGGAGCGUCGCAAGGAGGAGAAAGGCGACGCGUCCAAGGUGAAGCCGGCGGAGUCCAAGCCCGCGUUCGAGUUACCGUUCCAGGUGAAGAAAUCCGCCGCGGAACCCAAACCCGUCCAAGGUGAACCCGCCGCGAGGAUAAGGGCCCUCGCGGACCGGGUGCGCGAACGCCCCGAGGAAACCGCGAGGGUCGUGGCGUCCGCCGCCGCGGGCGCCGCCGCGGGCGCAAUCGCAGGUGGGCUCACCCGCGUCGGCUUCGUCGCCGCCGUCGCCGCGAUGACGAGGCGAGCGUUUGAGAACGGGUUGCUCGCCACUGCGGGCGGGAUAUUCUGGGACGGCGCGGGGAUCACCGCCGCGACGAGGGCAAAGGGUGAACUGGCGCGCGUACGGGCCGGCGGACCGGACGCGAUGGAGCCGACGUUCGCGGAGAGCUGCCGCGACGCGAGGGACGCGCGACGCCUCGACCUCCCCGCGCGCGUGGGCCCCGCGCUGAACUUUGGGAGGUUCCUCCCCGGCGGCGGCGUCGUCGCGUGCCUGAAGCUGGUGCUCUUCGGCAUUGCUGAGGAGCGCCGCGCGGGCGACGCGGGGGGCGCGUCCUCGGCCGAUCCCGCCGCGCCGCCGGGGGGGGCGGACGACGACGUCGCCGCGAUCGCCGCGUUGGCCGCCGCCGAGGCUGCCGUCGCCGCGGCGGAGGCUGCCGCGGCGUCCACCCCGGAAACCACCCCCGCGAAGGACUCCACACACGCGGUUGUCCCCAAACUCUCCCCCGUGCCCCCGGGCUCGCCGACGACGCCCGCGACGACGCCGCCGCGCAUCGCGAACGCCGCCGAACCGUCGUCCACGCCCGCCACGCCGCCGCCGCGCUCGGCGUACCCGGCGAAGACGCCGGGUAAAACGCGCGGCGGCGCCGAUGACGACGACGAGACCGACCCGCUCACGCCGCGGACGCUGGGCGCCGUCGGAAUGUCCGGGGCGGCGUCGCCCCCGCCCGCCUCGCCCGCGCCGGCGGCGCCGGUGCUCAGCCCCCGUCGUCCCCCGCCGGGCGAAGACGCCACGCGCGACGAGUACCGCGUCGCCGAGUUGAAGCUCGAGGGCCGACGGGACGCGCUCAUGCAGAGGUACGUCGCGGCGGAGGCGGCGGAGGGUCGGACGGUUGACCCGACGGUCAUCGUGCCGCCGUCGCCCGCCGCGCCGAGCCGACGGUGGCUCACGAAAACCUCUCCGUCGGCGUCCCCGAGCCGCGGCGUGCCCAAGCUGGAUCUCACGCGUCUGAACGGGAACGCGGAGGACGAGUCGCUGACGGAGAGACGGAUGGGCGGGGACGGCGACGAUAAGGCGGCGUCGGAUGAAGCGGACCCCGGCGUCGCCAAAAAGUUUGACGAUGAGCGCGCGGGCGACGCCGAGCUCCGUUGGCGCGUGGAGCGGCUUGACCGCGAGUGCGCGAUCCUCGAGGGCAGGUUGGCGUUCAGGGAGGACGAGAAGACGCGGGAGCUGAGGGCGAUGCGGGAGAAGGAGACGGCGAACGCGGCGAGGCGGGUGAAGAAGUCAAUCUGGCACUUUGCCACGUCGCUCAAGCGUCGCGCUCUGUUGGCGUGGGUGCUCGAGCUGGACGAGGCGACGCGACGCAAGCGACUGCUCCGCAAGGCGCUCGCGCGCAUGCGAAUGCGGACGCUCUCCGACUCGUUCGAAGGGUGGCUCGAGUUCAGGCGCAAGGCUAAGGAGCAGAGGCUCGAGCGUAAGGUUGCGGAGCUGGAGAGGAGAGCCGCCGCCGCGGAAGCAGCCGAGGUCGCGGCGCAGAGGGACCGGGAGGCUGCGAGGAGGGAGGCCGAGGAGAAGGCCGCAUCCCUGGCCGAGGCGGAGGCGCGCGAGGCGGAGGCGCGACGCGAGGUCGCAGCCAUCCGGGGCGAGGAUGCCGAGCCGUGGUCGCCGGCGUCGGCGGCGACUGCGACGCCGUUGGGCGCGACGACGCCCGCGUCGCCGUGA